AGGUCCGCGUCAGGCCGGAGGUCGCGGCCGAACCAUCCAAGGCCCCCAGCCGCAGUCUGAACCCCCUGGUCCUUCCUGCAAAAUGGGCCGACUCGCAGAUCCAGCUGUGAGGAUGAGCCUCAGACAGCUUCGAGUUUCUUGCCGAUGAAGCCACACACCACAGACACUGGGGGUUAACCAGGCCCUGGCCGGAGGGCAGUGGUUGGGGGGAGGGGAAGCACCUCCUCGGAUGUGUGGCGCCCCCUGGUCCCCGCGGCCCCCAGUGCCCUCCCAACUGCCCGCUCCCGAGUCCCUCCAGGGUCGGCCCGGCUCGCCUGUCCCAGCCCCGCUCCGGCCCCGCCCGGCCCCGCCCUCUCCCCACAGCUCGGGGCAGACCCGCCCGCCUCAGCCGGAGUUACAAGAGCCGCCUGCGCGCGCGGGGGCCCGGCCACUCGGAGCAGCUCCGCCGCGGGGACUGCACCGCCCGCCCUGCCGGACCCGCCCCAACCGGGGCUCGUCGCCUGCAGCAGCCGCAGCACCGCGACCUCGGGCCCCGCGCCGGCUAUGGCUGUGCCCUGGGGCUGAACGCGCAGGCUGUGUGACGGAGAUUCCAGAGAGAGAGAGAGACACUGAGGAGAGGAGAGGAAGGAGGGGCGGGCUCCUGGCAAGGCAUCUGCUCCUGAACCAAGUCCUGUGAAGAUGGAAAAGGAGGAGGAGUCGACCCGGGAGCUGUUGCUGCCCAACUGGCAGGGCAGCGGCUCCCACGGGCUGACAAUCGCCCAGAGGGAUGACGGAGUCUUUGUGCAGGAGGUGAUGCAGAACUCCCCUGCGGCCCGCACUGGGGUGGUCAAAGAGGGGGACCAGAUUGUGGGUGCCACCAUCUACUUUGACAACCUGCAGUCGGGCGAGGUGGCCCAGCUGCUGAACACCAUGGGGCACCACACGGUGGGCCUGAAGCUGCACCGCAAGGGGGACCGUUCCCCCGAGCCUGGCCAGACCUGGACCCAUGAAGUCUUCAGCUCCCACAGCUCCGAAGUGGUUCUGAACACACCACAGCCAUCAGCCCUGGAAUGCAGAGACCAGAAUAAACCCGAGGAAGCCACCAGCCAAGCCCAGGCAGUGUCAGGCUCCACCCCAAACACAGAUCAAGUUUGAGCAAGGCCCUGGGAAUAUUUCCAGGCCGGCUCUCUGCCUGUGGAAGGGUGUACGUGCUGGAAGCCGGUCUGGCCACCUGUGGACUGGAAGUGAGAUGUGUUUCCGUGGCUACUGCCUUUCUUUUUGUUCUAACCUUCCCCUAGAUGUGGUGCAUCUUCUCAAAACAGCCGUUGAAUAAAAAAUGAGGCGGGGACACAAAGAUGAGAUGCUGGUACUUUAUUGAUGGGAACCAGGUGGGGCUGGUGGAGGUGGAGUGAAGUAAGUGUCCACGGAGUGGCAGGGGCCUCAGAGGGUGGAGAUCUUCAGCUUCUAAAUCCUAAGCA